CGAGCGGGCCGGUCCUCUUCGCUCCCCUUCCACCCCACUCAUUCCUCGCCUCGGGAGCCCCGAGCCCUAACUCCAUGGCCGGCGGCGAUUCUUCUUCUUCUUCUUCUUCCACGGCGAGAGAGGAGGGGAGGGCGAGCGCGCGGCUGUGGAAGAAGCAGAAGCUGCAGCAGCAGGAGGAGGAAGAGAAGGGGCCGAAUCCUCUGGACCCAAGGUUCAGCGACUACGACCCCAAGGAAGGCGAUUACGUCUUCACCCGCUUCCAACACUCUACGCUCGACCUCCACAUGGAGUCACCUGUUGGUGCUAUGCACAAUACUAACAGGAUCUUCCCAGAGGAGGGGUUCCGGUUCUGUAACUCGGCAAAUAUUGUCUCGGUCAGUAUCGUUUCCUCCGACUAUGGAUACCCGCUCAAUGUCUACGGCACCAUCAUAGCCAGGGACAGUCUGGAUCGCCAACGCAUCUAUUUAUUCCAGCGUGCCAAGGACGAUUGCCAGAACAUCAGCUCCAAGAAUGAUGUGUUGGUUUUGACUGGCCCGAAGAGAGGACUGAUGAUAUGUGAUUCAAUAAUCUUUGAAGUUGAUCUGAAGGUCAAGGAUGUGAAUGGUAGAAAGGUGAAGGACGAGAGAGUUAGCAAAGGCUUAAUGGAGAUUAAUGGCAUCAAAAGACUCUCAUAUCCACCGAAAUACCAGGUUCAAACGGAAAAACUUGUCAGCAUGCACAGCACAUUGGAUUUGAACUACACGUUUGUAAGGAAUGCGGUGGAGGGCACCGUUGAGGCGAGGAUGAUCCUUGAGGAGGGACCUGUUGAUUAUUUCCAUGGGAAAAUCGUCGCUCACACUAGCAGCUUUCCAUGUGACAUUAUGCUACAUGAUAGCGAACUUGCUGGGAUGCUAACAGCCGGUGAAGGUGGAAUCCUGCAAACAGCACGCCGCGUGGUCAGCGUCUCUGUUGAUGAGACGCUCCUGUUGACCGUUGCCGCUGCUACCAGUGGUGUCGGCACUGUUGAGUUUACUCCAAAGCGUGGCAGCUAUGAUGAAGAGAAAAUCACUUGCGGCGACUAUAAGAUGCUGGUGAAGGUCACUUGGUCCAUUGUGUGCUGGUGAAGGUCACUUGGUCCAUUGUGUGCUGGUGAAGGUCACCUGGUCCAUUGUGCAUCGCUGAUUCCGUGCAUUCCUGGUUGAACAUGCUAUAUCCAAAUUAAGAUGUGUGUGCUCUGUAUAUGCUGUCGUACUAAAUAGGUCUAUGCUUUUGGUGGAAGCUUCAUUAUCACUGUUUGUUUGUUACCACUCUGUUCGUUACAACUGAGUGGGAUAGGAAUUAUAUGUAUAUCCGGCAUGAGCUUUGAAGUAGGAGGAACAGACAAAGUGUAUGUGCAUCACUUUGAUUUUGUUUCAGCACUUGAGUCUUGAAAAUGUGGUCUAUAUAGUUUCGAUCUUUCAACAAAAAGCUCUGGCCCACAUGGCAUUGCAGAUAGUAAUCCAUGCCACACUAUACAUUUUGCAUACAGAUAUAUAUGUAUAUAUUUCUGAAGCAUGGUCAGAGUGUAAGAUUAUAUAUAAGAAAAAUGAAGUCUGCAACGCUUGUGAAGGACAGAUAACACCAGAAUGUGCAUAUAUUUUCCUUGUAUAGUCUGUACAUGUGCAAACCAAACUUGUGUCGAUUCCACUUUGACGCGAGUAAAUGAAAUCGUUCCCACUUUCGGAUUUUGGAAUGGACAUCAUCAAAUGUGAAAUACUUAGCAAUAAC